AUGGACUUGGCGAUGGUGCCGGAGAGCGUCGCUGGACACGCUGGGACGCGUGCGUUGCAACCGCCGCCGCUUACUCAGCUCGACGGUACAGCCAGCGGUGCAAGCGCCGCCCCAGCAUCGCUGUCACCGGUGACGCUGCAUGUAAACUGGAACCGAUGGGGCGCAUCUCUGCCGCCGAUAGGCUACACCGUGUCCCAGCGAAAUCUCGGCGGGGCACCAGCCGGCGACGGCGGCAAACGCAGCAGGGGGCAAGCAUCACAUGAGCACAUCCGAGGGGACGCCGUGGCAGGGCAGGGCCGACCGUCGUUCACCGCUCCGCUGCCCGAGUCCGCACACCGAGGGAAGCGGCGCCGCACGGAGCACACCAGCUUCACCUCGCUCUUGAAGGAGGUGUUCAUGUAUCUCGACAGCGUAUCCUCGACACAGCAGCAGCCCGAUCACGGAUGCAUUAGCGGUAAUGCAGAGGAGGACGAGGAGGGCAGCCUCCGGCAGACCACCACCGCUCCGUCGUACACCACGGCUUCAUGCUACACCUCGGCGAGUCCUGCCGUGCCCCCCGGCGCCCGGGCUCGCAACGACGAUAGCAGCGGCCCCGUCGCUGCGGCACCGGCGCCGCUGAUGUCUGUUGAUUCGGCAGUUCAAGACACAGUGCGCGUGCUGCAGCAGUGCUGGGAGUACCGCGGCUCCCCACACGACGCCUUUGAGCCGGUUCGCCUGCUCUCCCCCAUCACGGUUCAUCUUCUUCUCACCUACGGCCACCACAUUGUCACGCACGAUGGCCAGUACAUGGUGCUGCGCGGUGGUGCGGAGCACCUGCCUUGGGCUGGCUGCCUCUACAGCAUCCUGCUCACCUACGUCUACCGCCGCCGUGUCGCCCCAGCGACCACAGCGGCUGCUGACAAUGGCGAACGGGGUGGCAGCGUGACACCGGCGUUGGACUGCGUCUCGCGCCUCCUCCUCCUGAAUUGCCACAGCUUCGGCUGGCUGAACCACACCGGCUCCGGCGAGUACGAGUGUAGCCAUCGAAGGCUUUACCAGGCUCGAGAGGCCCUCCUCGCGCUCCUCGAGGAUCCGCGCUACACAGCUCUCGGCCGCCCUGCGGGGUGCCCUCUCUGCGCCUCGUCCAUGUUGGGCAGUAAUGCCUCGACGCUGAUACUGCUGGGCGACACAAUCGUGAUGGAGGGAGGCGUCCCAUCGCUAGGGCUGGCGCAUCCGCGCGACACGUUCACGGCGCACUACCAGUACGGCUGCGGCAUCGCUUGCUGCGUGCCCGAGAAGGGCGGUGGCCUUCAGCUGGACGCCACUGGUGCGCCUGUGGUGGCGGGACGCGGCGCGUAUACGCCGACCUCAGGCAGGGGACUAUGCGCUGCCCACCGCGAGCCGCCGCGGCCAGCAGCAAUGCAGGCCAGUUGCGAGCGGCAUCGGCAUCUACGUGAACCGCAUUCCGCACCGUCAGUAGGUGACUGCCUGGUGGAGGAGGACUCUCCCACUUUGGUGCGUCCUGGAGACCACGGCCACGAUGGGCCGUGGUCCGGUGCACGCUCCUCCUCGUUGUGGCUGAGCGGCACAGGCGCCGCCCCCUGUCGGCUGCCGCCGGUGUGCUGCGGCGUUUGUCGAGCUGCGGGGGUGCUGGGCCAGGCGGUGCUGUUGGGCCCUACAGGGCCUCUCGUGAUCCACCUGCAGUUUGACGAGCGUGAAUGGUUCGACAUGAGCGCCCGAGCGGUGCACGCAGCCACGACCCAGGGCUGGCUAUCCGCCGCCACCGCUGAGACUACGGCGGUGUGCCCGCCGCCAUCGUCGCACUUGGCAUCCCAGUACGCUUCCCAUCCAGCCAGCGCUCUGGCAGCGGUCUUGUACGCUGUCUUGCAAGGCGAGAGCACCGUUGGCCUCACCGUACAGCACUACCACGCUUCUCUAGGAGAUCACCGCAAUAGUUCACCGCACGUUGGCGACUCUGUCCCACUCGCCGAGUUUGUCGAGUGGCUGGUGUGGCUCCUGAACGCCCCGCCACCGGCCCUGGUUGUGGAGUGGCACCCCUCCACUUCUACCUCAGCUAUCACCACCACCUGCAAUGCUCUCAGGUGCGGCGGCGUUACAACACCGAGCUCGUCGUGUGAUUCGGGGGUUGCCAGUGGUUCGCAAGUGUCGCUCUCGUCGCCCUGCUCCCCCAUAGCACAUCCGCACUCACCGUUGGCCCCAUUUCUAUCCUCGGCUACCGCGUUUCCGAAUCUCGUGGACUUGUGCGCCGCCACGGGCGGCUCGAACUCAUCCUUCAAGGCGACCCGUGUCUACGGCAGCGACGAGGGCCACGCAACGGCCUCGUUGUCCACGGACCACCAGCAACACGGCGGCUACCUGAACAGCCCCUCCGCAUCGCACGGGGCCACCACCACCUUCGCUCCGUUAGGCAUGCUUGCCCAGCCCCGGCGCUCCACCGUGAUGCAGCUGCUUGAGACGUACAUCGACGUGGUGCAGAGCCGCGCGGCCAUGUCUGCUCCCCCCGCUGCCACCUCGUCGGCCCCCUCCGUUGGCAGGGCGCGCACUCUUCCAUUCACUGCCGCCGACGGCACGAGUGGGCACAUCGCCGAGGCCAUGAAGCCGCACCUACUGCUGGACUGGCUGCUGGCGGUGCAGGAGUCGUUGCGGCCCUGCGAAGCCACAUCCCUCUUCGACGGGGUGGAGCGGCCGCUUGUGCUGGCGAAGGAGCUCGAGGUGGCGACCGAGGCGGAGCGGUUACUGAACGCGAGUUCUGUGGCGACCUCACUGCAGUUUCGCCCUCGCACCGCACGCCUGUGA